AUGGCAUCGAGUCCAACGCUGUCUGCGACGGUCCUUGGGAAGAGGAAGAAAUCGACACUGGUGCUUAGGCUCUCUUCGAGCCCAGCACCGGCGGAUAGCAGCGGAACAGAGGCACGCGGCGAAGGAGCGCGGCGGUAUCUUUGCUCUUAUUCUGGGUGCUCCAAAUCUUAUUCUAAGCCCUCCCGGCUGUCAGAGCAUUACCGGUCGCAUACCGGAGAGCGUCCCUUCGUUUGCAGCGAGUGUAAAAAUUCUUACCUGCGCGAGACGCACCUUCAUGCACAUAGCAGGAGCCACCUUCCGGAGUCCGAAAGACCUUAUGUCUGUAUCGAAUCUCCGAGUUGCGGAAAACGCUUUUGGACAUUGCAACACCUUCGAGUCCAUCAAGAUACCCACAGAGGUGAAAAAACUUAUAAUUGCACGGAAGAAGGAUGCGUAGAGGCCUUCUCCAAACACCAUCAGCUACGCGCUCACAUCUGUGAGGCCCAUUCUCCACCGGGAACGAAACCUUAUAUCUGCUCCUACCCGUCGUGUAAUAAGUCCUUCCCCACUAAUCAAAAACUUCGGGGGCACAUAAAAACACAUGAUGACCAGCGUUAUACAUGUUCGCAUCCAAACUGCAUUCCAGAUCUGCGUAAUGAUCCCGUGUAUUUCGGGACUUGGACCGCCCUUCAAUCACACAUCCGCACCGCUCAUCCACCGACAUGCUCCCAUGAAUCGUGCAAGGGCCGGACCUUCGCGUCGCACCAUAACCUUCGUGCCCAUCUCAAACUACACGAGCAGCAAGAAUUAGAAGGGAUUCUCCAAGAGCGGGGUGGGGACGAUAACAACGAUGCGGAAACGUCCCACUCACGGAAACGCCGUCGAGGUGGCGAGCUUGGUCGUGAUUGGAAAUGUGACUACCCUAACUGUGAAAAGGAUUUCAAGUCGAAAAGGGCGCUCACCACCCACCAUAAAGCGAUCCACCUUGGCCAACGUAACCACGUCUGCCCACACACCCACUGCGAUAGUGCUUUCGGAUAUAAACACCUUCUAGAACGACACCUCGCAAAGAUCCAUUCUUCGAAGCGUGCACGAUCUUCGUCAUCUUCUGCAGAUGACACUACUGAUAUGGAGGCUUCGGAAGAAACCACUGGAGCGGACGUGAUCGAAGAAAUUACCGGCAGAGCAUACGCCCGUCGUUCGCAGAAUGCAGGCUUUAUCCGCUGCCCAUUCCCCAAUAUGGAAGAGCUCUGCUUGCUACCGUCCGACUCAUCAGCCCCUUCAACAUCUUCAAUCAAGGCCUGCGACCACGUCGUUACUCGUGCAUAUGAUCUUCGGCGUCACCUCAAAGCUGAGCACGGUAUGGUGGCUGAUAAGGCAAAAGUAGACCGGUGGACCAGUGUACGAAAACGCCCACUUGCAUCGUAGUGGCUUGUACCGUUCCGCGUCGGUAGGGAGGGAGCUUACUCUGGCGUAGCCAAUCACGUGCAACUCGCUUCCAUCAUUUCCUGUGUCCAAGCUAACGCCCCACUAGGCGAAAUCGCAGGGUG